AUGAAUUAAAGUUUACUUCACCUGAUCUAAGUUGCAUAAAAGCAUGAAUAUAAGUUUGGUGAAUAAUAUUUAGAUGACAUGAUAGCUUCUUGCAGAUAAAAUGGUUAAAAUGAUCGCUAUUUAAUAUUGUUGCUAAUUAAAAUUUGGAAAAACAAUGAUGAGUUUUUGGGGCAUAGAUUCAAAUAAUGGGUAUAACUACAAAAAAUUGGUAACUCAAAAUCCCAUUUCGAUUUCUUAAAAAAUGGAUAAGUUCAAGAAUGUAUUUAAAAGUUUGAACAAAAUAUACCCCGCAAUACCUUUGAGGCUAUAAAAAAACACAAUUUUUUCCCAAAAACUGAUACACAAUAAUAGGAGGAAAGUCUUAAACGAGUUAGAGAUAACCUAAAAUAAUAUGACGAUCAUACUUUAAAAUAAAUAAACAAAAUCUUGUUAGGAGAUAUGGACUCUAUUUUAGAAGUAUCUAAGGCAGAUUGGAUUUCAUUUGUAAUGCUUUAUGUUUAAUUUUGCGAUUACAAAGUUACACCAUAGGAGAUGACCUAUAUAUUGAGAAAAUUAAAAUUCUCUAUUGAUUCAGAUAAUGAUAAUCUUUUAUAAUUAUUUGGAGAAAUUGUAUUAAAACCAGAAGAUGUAAAUAUUAUAAAUUCUUUACUCAAAUAUGAUAAAAAUCUUACAUAUUUUGUGUAUUUGCACUUUGAAAAUUAAGGAUAGAAUUAACUAAGAUCAAGAUAUGAAAUAUAUAAAAGUAAAUUUUAGUUGAUUAAAUCCAUCCUUGAAGAAAUUCCAAACAAUAUCCAAUUUGAAAAAGAGAUCUUAUACUUUUUUGAAGAAAUUGUUGAAAAUAUUAGAAUGUUAAGAGAACAUAAGAAUGAUAAGUUCAAAGAAGAUUUUUAAGAUAUUUACAAUAACAAAAUGAAUGGAAUCAUUAAUUCUUCUAACAAUUUUAAGAAAAUUAUGAAUUUUGUCCAUUGUGUCGAAAAGAUCUAAUAAGAAGAUCAAGCAUAAAUUAUCCAUACAUCCUUAUUAUAAAAAAUAUUCAGCCAAGAUUUAUUACAAUUAGAGGAGAGACAGAAUGCUUUAAAUAUCAUUAUUGAAAAGUUCUACUAUGAUGAAAGUUUUAGACAAUAAGUAAAAUAUGAAAUUAACAAAAACAUCAAUAAUCCUUCCUUUGAUUAAUUAUUUAGAGAUUUCUUAAAUAAUUUUAUACUGGAAUAAUAUAGAGAAUAUUUUUAAUAAGAAUUGAUUAAACUCUAAUUUAAAUUUGGAUUAAAAUUAUAUGAUAUACAAUUAACAUAUAAGAUUGAAUCUCCAGAGUUUCUUAUAAUGAACAUAUCAUAAGAAUUUAUAAGGAAUAUUAUUCAAUCUGAUGAGUAAUUUAAAUUGAAAAUGAAGAUAAUUUUGAGUAACAUAUUGGAUUCAUGUUAACAUAUUUAGGAUGAAAAAUUAAAUAACAGGAAAAAUAUCAUUAGACUCUUGAUAAGAAGAUUGUGA